AUGUUUUCGAUAAGUGGGUUCAGUGUGGCUAGGGCUACUGCUUUCCAAAGACCAACGUUCCAAAUACCACAACUUUCGAACUUGGGUAAACGUUUCACACAUGAAUAUGCUCCAAGAUUCAAGAAAGUAAAGAAGGCCCAAAAGGGUAGAGUCACUGUUCGUACUGGUGGAUCCACUAAAGGUUCCACUGUUCAAUUUGGUACUUAUGGUUUACGUUUGAAGAGUGAAGGUGUUAGAUUAAAAGCUAUUCAAUUAAAGGAAGCUGAUAAUUCAAUUAUGAGAAUGAUGAGACCUGUGGGAGGUCAACUUUGGAGAAGAUUAAGUACGGGGAUUGCUGUUUGUAUAAAAGGUAAUGAAACUCGUAUGGGUAAAGGUAAAGGUGCUUUUGACCAUUGGAUGGCUAGAGUUCCAACAGGGAAAGUUAUUUUUGAGAUUGCUGGUGAAAAUUUACAUGAACAAGUUGCUAGAGAAGCUUUCAGAAAAGCAGCCACCAAAUUACCAGGUUUAUAUGAAUUCAUUAAAGUUGAUACACCAGUUAGAGUUGGUUUAAAGCAUUUCAUUCCUAAAGAAGAAAAAAUCAAUUAUUUUACAGAGGAGAAGAAAAAUCCAUCAAAGGUGUAUUUAAAUAAACAACAAGCUAACGAUGAUAUUUAUAAACUAUACAAAAAUCGUUAA